CAAAAGAACCUCACUGUUUGGAAACACUUGAAGAAAUACUGGUGGAAAGUAUAGAAAUGAGUAUUUAAUGUGGAGUUUCAGAAUUACUAUUCAGAAUUUAAAAACUGGAAAAGGGCCAAAGCAUGCAACUCUUGAGAGUAGUAGGAUUCUUCCGUGGAAAUAUUUUUCUACUGAGUACCAUAGUAGGGACAGGGAUUUUUGUGUCUCCUAAAGGGGUAUUAAAAUACUCUGCACUGAAUGUACCUGUCUCCCUGAGUAUCUGGGCUGCCUGUGGCCUGCUGAGUAUAAUCAGUGCUCUCUGUCAUGCAGAACUGGGUACUACCUUUCCUAAGAAUGGAGCAUCUUACUAUUUUCUCAAAAGAUCUCUUGGAUCUUGCAUUGCUUUCCUCAGUCUUUGGAUCAAACUUUUUGUCUUUUCUUUAGGAAUUGCUACUCAAGUCUUGUUAUUAGCUAGCUAUAUAAUUCAGCCUUUCUGUGCUGGAUGCCCAGUUCCAGAGAUAUCAAAGAAAUGUCUAGCGUUGGCUAUUUUGUGGUCAUUGGGGAUUCUAAAUUCUCAAGGAGUGCUAAAGGUGGCUUGGUUUGAGACUAUUAGUACUUUGAUAAAGAUGACAAUUCUUUGUUUUAUUUCUCUGACUGGGAUUGUACUUCUGAUAAUUGGAAAAAAGGAGAAUGUAGCUAGGUUUGAGAAUGCCUUGGACGCUGAAGUUCCUGACGGCCCACAGAUUGCUGAAGCCUUUCUCCAAGGACUUUAUGCAUAUUCUGGCUCAUCAAUCCUGAUCAACAUGGCAGGAGAGAUUAAAAACCCUGCUGAAAAUAUUCCCAAAUCUCUGAUUACCUCUCUUUCCAUGGUGACUGUGGUUUACCUACUGGUUAAUGUAUCCUACCUGGCAGUUUUGACCCCCAAAGAAAUCAUCUCUUCAGGUAUGAAUGUGUUUAAAUAA